AUGAGAGUUGCUCUUCUGCUGCUCUGGCUCAAGCUGCCUUUGUUCCCUUCUGACCUCUCCCUGGCUGAUCCCACCCAAUACUUCAGUUCUCCAGAGGUGGUGAUCCCCUUAAAGGUAACCAACAGUGCCAGACGGGCAAAGACUCCAGGAUGGCUGUCUUACAGCCUGAUAUUUGGGGGCAAGAGACAUAUUAUCCACAUAAGAGUCAAAAAGCUGUUUGUUUCCAUACACCUUCCUGUGUUCACCUACGAUGAGCAGCAAGCCCCCCUGGAGGACUACCCCUUCAUCCCCAGCGACUGUUACUAUCAUGGUUAUGUACAGGGAGCUCCGAAGUCUUUGGUUGUUUUCAGUGUCUGUUCUGGGGGCUUCCGGGGAGUGUUACAAAUAAAUGACCUCACUUAUGAAAUUGAACCCAUGAGGAAUUCUAGCACAUUUGAACACCUGGUUUAUAGGUUAAACAGUAACAUGACUCAAUUUCCACUACUGAGAUGUGGUUUAACAGAGAAGGGAAUAGCACGUCCACACUUGGGAUUUGAAAAGGUGGAGAAUUCAGCUCUGAAACAAAAUCCUUCUGACAAAUGGUGGACUCACCCAUGGUUUUUAGAACUGGUUGUAGUGAUAGACCACGAUUUCUUCACUUACUCCCAAAGCAACGUGUCAAAGGUACAAGAAGAUGUGUUUCUUGUUGUCAGUAUAGUGGAUUCCACAUAUCAGCAGCUGAGUACCUAUGUGACUUUGAUUGGCAUUGAGAUUUGGAAUCAUAGAAAUGUUUUCCGAAUGAUAAACAUAAGACAGGUUCUAGACGAUUUUUCUGCGUGGAAACAAAUCAGUCUUUCCCAGCUACAAUAUGAUGCUGCCCAUAUUUUCAUAAAAAGCUCAAGCAUAAAGGUACUUGGUAUAGCCUAUGUGGCAGGAAUAUGCAAUCCUCCUCUUGAUUGUGGAGUUGAGAAUUUCCAAGAAGACCCAUGGUCUCUUUUUGCUAACACUGUGGCCCACGAGUUAGGUCAUACUUUGGGUAUGAAACAUGAUGAAAACGUCUGUUCUUGCGGGGAAAUAGGUUGUGUCAUGAGUACUUUCAGAGUGCCAGCAGACAAAUUCACUGACUGCAGCUAUAAUGAUUUUAUGAAGACCACUUUAAGCCAAGGAUCUUGUCUGCAUAACCAUCCAAAGCUGGAGGAAGUCUUUCUGAUCAAGCGCUGUGGGAAUGGUGUGGUUGAAAGGGAAGAGGAAUGUGACUGUGGGUCUAUGAAACAGUGUGAACAAGAUCCCUGUUGUACGUUGGACUGCAGCCUGAGGCCUGGAGCUGCCUGUGCUUUUGGACUCUGUUGUAAAAAUUGCAAUUUCUUGCCAUCAGGGGAACUAUGCAGACAAAAGGUCAGUGAAUGUGACCUUCCAGAGUGGUGCAAUGGGACAUCCCACCAGUGCCCAGAAGAUGGAUACGUGCAAGAUGGGGUCCCCUGCGGUGGCAAUGCCUACUGCUAUCAAAAGCAAUGUCAUAACCAUGACCAACAGUGCAGGGAGAUUUUUGGCAAAGGCGCAAGGAGUGCAGCUCAGAACUGUUAUCAAGAAAUCAACUCCCAAGGAAACAAGUUUGGCCACUGUGGUAUAAAUGGCACAGGAUACCUAAAAUGUAACAUGUCAGAUGUAUUCUGUGGGAGAGUUCAUUGUGAAAAUGUAGGACACAUUCCCCGCCUCCAAGACCAUUCUCUUUUACAGCACGUGCACAUCAGUGGCGUCACCUGCUGGAGUACUGACCAUCACCUGGGAAUGAGCACACCUGACGCGGGUGAAGUGAAAGAUGGCACCACCUGUGGACCAGGAAAGAUCUGCAUACACAAGAAGUGUGUGAAUCUGUCUGUCCUAUCACAAGUCUGCCUUCCUGAGACCUGUAAUCACAGGGGAGUCUGCAAUAACAAACAUCACUGCCAUUGUGACUACGGAUGGUCCUUGCCCUAUUGCCUACACAGAGGCUUUGGAGGCAGUGUUGACAGUGGCCCAACAUCGCCCAAGAAAAGAGGUCCCUUUAUACCAAUUGUGACUCUUUUGUCUGUUCUAAUCUGUCUGUUGAUUUUUGGACUUUAUAUAUAUAAUCUUCGGAUACAUUUUCGUCCCAAGGAACAGACUAAAGCUUACUCGCCAGUGAAGAAAACAUCUAUAACUUCACAUACCACGCAUCGUUAA